AUGUGGAAGGUGCAGGCUCCGACUGCUAGCGCCCAGGCGUCUUCCCUCUCUGUAGCUGCAGUACAGGUGGCGGCAGCAGAGGAGGAGCGGGAGCGGGUGGAAGUAGAGAAUGCUGCUCUGAGCCAGGCAGUUACCUGCCUGAAGGAUCUGGUCCUGGAGGGAUCCGCCUGGGAGAACAGGGACCAGGACUCCAUGACUGUCGAUAUUGGGGAGUCUCUGGAAGAACUGUGGGCUGAGGAAUCACGUCCACGUUUCGCUCCAGAUCGGCCCGUCUUCCAGGAAACAGGGAAGGGAAAUGGCUGUGAUGGAGCCAGCUCAGGAUUUCCCCUUCCCAAACCUGAGCUGAUCGCCCGGCUGAAACGAGGGGAAGAGCUGUGGGUCCCGGAUCUCCAGAUCUGCGAGGAAAGAGAGAUCCCAAGAGGCGACCACACAGGUGCUGAGCGAGGGAGUGAGAAUGAGGAGGGGAAUCAUGAGGAUGUUCCUAGUGAAGUGGAUGAAUGUAUUAUAUGUGGGGGAAGACCCAAGGAUCCCACAGCCCAGCAGACAAAUCCCAGUGAAGAGAAACCCUAUCAGUGCCUCAAAUGUGGGAAAGGAUUCAUUCUAAGAUCACAGCUUCUGACAUAUCAGACAAUCCAUACUAGAGAGAAACCCCUUCAAUGCUUGGACCAUGGCAAAAGCUUCAAUAAUCGCUCAGACCUGAAAAACCAUGGGAGACGCCACACAAGAGAGAAACCCUUUCAAUGCCUUGAGUGCAAGAAAUCUUUCUACUCUAAGUCAGCACUAAUAACACAUCAGAGAAUUCACGCAGAAGAGAGACCCCAUAAGUGCUUGGACUGUGGGAAAAGUUUCACACGGAGAUCAGUUCUCAUUCAACAUGGGAGAAUCCACACAGGAGAGAGACCCCAUAAGUGCUUGGACUGUGGGAAAAAUUUCAGAUACAGAUCAGUCCUUCUUUCACAUCUGAGAACCCACACAGGAGAGAAACCCCAUAAGUGCUUGGACUGUGGGAAAAGUUUCAUAUGGAGAUCCACCCUUGUUUUACAUCAGAGAAUCCACACCGGAGAGAGACCCCAUAAGUGCUUAGACUGUGGAAAAAGUUUCAUACGGAGAUCAGACCUCAUUAAACAUGAGAGAAUCCACACAGAAGAGAGACCCCAUAAGUGCUUGGACUGUGGGAAAAGUUUCACACGGAGAUCUACCCUUGUUUCACAUCAGACAAUCCACACAGGAGAGAGAUCCCAUAAGUGCUUGGACUGUGGGAAAAGUUUCAUAUGGAGAUCCACCCUUGUUUUACAUCAGAGAAUCCACACAGGAGAGAGACCCCAUAAGUGCUUAGACUGUGGGAAAAGUUUCAUACGGAGAUCAGACCUCGUUAAACAUGGGAGAAUCCACACAGAAGAGAGACCCCAUAACUGCUUGGACUGUGGGAAAAGUUUCACAUGGAGAUCUGCCUUUGUUUCACAUCGGACAAUCCAUACAGGAGAAAGACUCCAUAAGUGCUUGGACUGUGGGAAAAGUUUCAGGUGGAACUCAAACCUUAUAAGACAUCAAAGAAUCCACACAGUAGAAAGACCCCAUAAGUGCUUGGACUGUGGGAAAAGUUUCAUGCGGAGAUCUGCCCUUGUUUCACAUCAGAGAAUCCACACAGGAGAGAGACCCCAUAAGUGCUUAGACUGUGGUAAAAGUUUCAUACGGAGAUCAGACUUCGUUAAACAUGGGAGAAUCCACACAGAAGAGAGACCCCAUAAGUGCUUGGACUGUGGGAAAAGUUUCACACGGAGAUCUGCCCUUGUUUCACAUCAGACAAUCCACACAGGAGAGAGAUCCCAUAAGUGCUUGGACUGUGGGAAAAGUUUCAUGUGGAGAUCCGCCCUUGUUUUACAUCAGAGAAUCCACACAGGAGAGAGACCCCAUAAGUGCUUAGACUGUGGGAAAAGUUUCACACAGAGAUCAAACCUCAUUAAACAUGGGAGAAUCCACACAGCAUCUAAAAUUCUGUGACCCAUGGCCAGAAAGGGUGAAGCAACGUGCAGGCUAAUUGAUCCAGUUUCAACCUUUAGAGACACGCUUCGUAAGUGUGUAAAUGGUAUUUAGGUCCUUUCCAUGUUCUACAGGCUUGAGCUUUGAAAUGAAAACUUG